UUGUAUGAACCAGACGCGAAAUAUUUAAACGCUGCGUGGCCAAAAGAAUUUUUGUUGGCAAGUGCGUAAAUGUUGGCAAAAGCCAACGCGUACCAGAGUUAAGUGCGGGUGUAAGAACUGUGACUGGGAAUAGGACAACAACCAAUAAUGGCAUUACAUUAACAAGUCGUGGCCCAAAAAGGUUGCAAUCAAAUUACGUCAAUUCGGAAAAAAGUGUAAUCAAUUUGGCGACUCAAUUAGGCAGCAGACUGCCCAGCCAUCGCGUGUGCAUCUUCCAGAUACUCGCCAGACAAGAUACAAGCCUGCGGAUCGCGUUUGCAUGACGAGGCUCAUCGCAGCUAACGCCUCGAGUGAAAUUUGUUGCACAAAUCGGUGUGCAAAUUGCAGUUGUCCCGGAUUGCUGGCCAAUUGGCAGCGGGCUUGUUUAACACAUUUUUUUUAACACCGAACUCAAUUUCAAUUUGAAUUCAAACUGUAAUUUCAAUUUCGAUUUCCACUCGAAGUGCACAAUAUUCAAUUGGAAUUGCAAUUGCAAUUCAUGUCGCAGCUAGUAGCUUGAGCCAUGGCAGAGUAAGCCCUAUCAGGAGGAGCAAUGUUGCAUUUAAGGCUAUUCGAUAGCUCGCUUUACCUGGCCUCCGUCUCGGAGUCCUCCCUGUCCGCGGGGGCGGGACGGGCGCUCAAUGACAGCUUGGGCGGGGGCGUGGCCAUGGCAGCGCCAGUUAAUCUGACAUACUUCACACCUGCGAUAUCACAUGUGAUGCUGGCGCCAGCAGCGACGGCGGCGGCAACAGCCUCGGCUGCAAUAGUCCAGACGACAUCGGCGCCGAGCCACGACUUAGAAGCCGUGGCGGCCCAGGCGGAGGUGGAUAUGAGCAUGGAACUGGAGGCGGGGGCCGGGGGCAACUCCACAGCGGGGCACCCCGGCGAAUUGGACAAUUUAAAUUCGUUCUACUUUUAUGAGACGGAGCAGUUUGCGGUCCUGUGGAUCCUCUUCACCGUCAUCGUGCUGGGCAAUUCGGCGGUCCUGUUCGUGAUGUUCAUCAACAAGAACCGCAAAUCGCGAAUGAACUACUUCAUCAAGCAGCUGGCCCUGGCAGAUCUCUGCGUGGGACUGCUCAACGUGUUGACGGACAUUAUAUGGCGGAUUACGAUUUCGUGGCGUGCCGGCAACCUGGCUUGCAAGGUCAUCCGCUUCUCGCAGGUCUGCGUCACAUACUCAUCCACCUACGUGCUGGUGGCCAUGAGCAUCGACAGAUACGAUGCAAUAACGCACCCCAUGAACUUCUCAAAGUCGUGGAAGAGAGCUCGUCACUUGGUGGCUGGUGCCUGGAUCAUCUCCGCAGUCUUCUCCCUUCCCAUUCUGGUGCUCUACGAGGAGAAGCUCAUCCAAGGACAUCCACAGUGUUGGAUUGAACUGGGCUCCCCCAUGGCCUGGCAGGUGUACAUGAGUCUGGUGUCGGCCACAUUAUUUGCGAUUCCAGCUCUGAUCAUUUCCGCGUGCUAUGCAAUUAUUGUGAAGACGAUAUGGGCCAAGGGCUCUAUAUUCGUUCCCACAGAACGAGCUGGCUUUGGAGCGGCUCCCGCCAGAAGAGCAAGUUCUAGGGGUAUUAUUCCCCGAGCCAAAGUUAAGACCGUCAAGAUGACUCUUACCAUAGUCUUUGUAUUCAUCAUCUGCUGGUCGCCAUACAUCGUCUUUGAUCUGCUCCAGGUGUUUGGCCAAAUUCCGCAUUCUCAGACCAACAUAGCCAUUGCCACUUUUAUUCAGAGCCUGGCUCCUUUGAAUUCAGCGGCCAAUCCUUUGAUUUACUGUCUCUUCUCCUCCCAGGUUUUUCGCACUUUAAGGUUAGUAAGCCUUUACAAAAUAAAAUGUUUGGUAUUUUUUACAAAUUUGCAUAAAAUAUUACCUUGUUCCAGUCGGUUUCCGCCAUUCAAGUGGUUCACCUGCUGCUGCAAGUCGUACCGCAACAACUCGCAGCAAAAUCGUUGCCAUACUGUGGGCCGGCGGCUCCACAACAGCUGCGACUCCAUGCGAACCCUGACCACCUCCCUGACCGUCUCCCGCCGCUCCACGAACAAGGCCAAUGCCCGGGUCGUCAUCUGUGAGCGGCCCAGCAAGGUGGUGACUGUGCCGGCCAUGUCGGAGGUAUGAUAGCUGGCCCACACCACCCGCAAGCGUUCAACGUUCGCGGUCCACGGGCCGACGUCCUUCAGCGACGCGGAGUUUCUCUAAGUAGGGCCCAGGAGGUUCCAGGAGUGGCUCCAGGAUUGGAGUGUCCAACAUGUGAAUGCACCAGAGGCUUAGACAAUAAGUUCGAUAGUUGUACUAGGCAUAGGGAAAGCCAAAUGUAAGCCAAUAGUUCUUAAGUAUGCCAAGUCUACGCUACGAAUUUCAAAUCUAUUUAUAACUGCUCCUCGUAAGUAUUUAUUGUCUAGUAACUGGUAUUUAUAUGACUUUUAAUUAGAGCUAAGAAAUGAAA